GUCCUGCUGCCGUGCUUCAUCAGCAUCAACAUUACGUUGAUAGCCAUAGGCUGUAAGUACUACGGCGACUGUCCGGGGGAACCGAUGAUACCCAUGUACGUCAUCGUCUCCGGCAUCUCCGGGCUGUCCUUCGACGUGUCCAGGGUAAUCGACCGCGUCACGAUGUUCCUGUUCGAGUACAGCUACAGGGCCUCGCCCGUGAUCGCGCUGUUCAUCUUCGUCUGGUUCGGGUAUGGGAACAUCCUGGUCGGCUCGACGAAAAGCAGGUCGAACCUGAUCAUCCCGGACCAGAGCUACUGCAACCCCAGGAUCUACUGGCUCACCGUGUGGUACGUCAUGUUUAUGUGGAUGCUCGUCAUCCUGUCG